UUCAGCAAUGAGACUCCUAACUCUGCUUGUCUCGGUCCUUCAUGUUGUCCACAUGGAAACAAUGGAAAAAGUCUCAGCUUAUGUCGGUGAAAGUGUAAAUCUGACUUCAGCAGCUAAAAAUGGGCAAAGUUUAGUCAGAAUUGAGUGGUCGAUCUACACCAACACAACCUGGAUUGCCACCUUUAGAGACGGCAAAGUAAAUACAGAGCGUCACCCUCAGUUUAAGAAAAGACUCCAUCUAAACACCAAAUCAGGUGACCUAACCAUCACUAAUCUGACACUGAAGGACGCCAUGAUUUACUCUGUAGAGUUCAUCUACUCCGACGAACCAAGUUCAUCUACUACAACGAACCAAGCUCAACCCAAAAAGAUUGAGCUCGAAGUGAAAUAUAGAUUGCAAGCACCAACCAUACAGAAGAUCGCCAGCUCAGCAACUCGGGAGGGUUGCUUCAUUACUCUGAACUGUUCCUCCUCAGAGAAAGACGUUAGCUUUUCCUGGAAAGUUUCACCUCCCUCUAUGAACUCUUGGAGAACCGAGAAGGGCCCCUCCUAUAUUUUAGUUCUCACAGAUCCAAAGCAGGACUUGAAUGUCACCUGUAGCUCCACAAAAGGAGAAGAGACAGCUCACCAAGAUUUCUCAGCAGAGUGUGAGGUCUUUACAGAAGAAUCUUCCAACUUGAGGGACAGAUGGAUAUUACUAUUUGUCUUCGGAACCUUUGGAGGCGUGGUACUAAUUCUCCUGAUCUACAGAUGUGAAAAAACAAAAUCUGAUGAGGCCGCAGACCUAUUAAUGGCAUAGAAAAGUGGUCAAACCUGCAUACAGUUACAGCCGAACACCUGUAGAUAGACAGUUAUUACCCAACCAUGGACGGCUACACUCCGACACAUCCAAACAGUGUCUAAGUACUGCUACACAUCUAUGGUACUAUGAUGGACACAAUGUGUGGACUCAUUCACAAGAAUAUCAAAAAGACCUUUAAACUGUGACUUUAAAAUGAACCACAAACAGCUGUAUUUUUAUUCACAUUGUUACGGCUGUAGCUGUAUUUGGUUUUGUAUUUUCUGUGGAUUUUGGUCAGAGUGGGGACUUCCUUGUGUUUUGUGGAUCUUUGUGUGUGUUUUCUGUCGAUUUCUUUCAGGUGUGGUGCUGGAGGCGUGGCUCCCCAUUGGUCCAAAUCGGAGGAGGGAGCCUUCAAAACCACUGUGUGGACCUCCAGACCACGAGAAGGGAGCUGGGCUGCAAACAAUCUCCAUUGCAGCUCAGUGAUCUUCUCCACCUGUUUAAUUUCUGUGCACUUUGUAGUUUCUUUGUGGUUGUGUUCUGUCCCACUCGGUUGUUUAGUAUUUAGUGUUUAAUUUAGGUGAAGCUGUAGGGGUGAACCACCAUUUUCUUUAGUAAAUGUUUUCUCCCGUUUAUGAUAGUCCAGGGAGGUUAGUGUUUGUCAAUGUUUUACUGCUUCUUUUUGCAGGUAAACUCAUCUGGGUUUUGUUUGUUAUUUUGGCCUUGGUACACCCUGAAGCCCCUUUGCUUCACUUUUAGAUAUUGUUUGUUUUUUUAAUUUUUUUUCUAAAUAAAUUUAUUAUAUCUUUAUGGAGACAUUUGUUUGUUGUUUUUGUUACACGUUUUUUCUCUUAAUUUUCCUUUAUGCUAUGUCCCAGACCCCUAGACCAAAUAGGGCGCAGUUUUAAUUUUCAAUUUAUUGAUUAUGAUUAUCAAUUUUAACAUUGUUUUUUGUUUUUGUUUUAUUUAUUUUGAUUUUUUUCUCAUCUUUUUAGUAUUGUCCUACAUGGCUUGGGUAGAGGACUGUUUAUUAUUGCCUAGUGCAGUAUUUCUAUCUAUCACUUAAGGCAGGAUAGCAAGUUGUAAAUCCAGUUUAUAUUAUUUAAAAGAUGAGUGAAAAUUCUAUUACCAUUUGUACUAAAGGGUUGUUUAGAGUCAUUUUAUAUAACUAUUUGAGAAACCUCUCCAAAUGUAUUUUAAAUGUUAUUUAUAGUACUACAGUGUUUAGCGAUCAAUGGCUCUGAUUCACAGCAAGAAGAGAACGUUCGAAUCCUGACUGAUUUCUGACUGUGAGGAGUUUGUAUUUUUUCCUUGUGCAUGUGUGGGUUUUCCCCUUGAACUCCUCAAUUAUUCCCUGGUGUGAAUUAACUUGUACCCCGCCUUUAUCCAACAGUAGCUGGGUUAGGCUCCGGUCUGACUCUGAAGGGGAAUGGAUGGAUUAAAAAGUGUGUGAUUCUGCUAUCAUUUAUACUAAUGACUUGUUUAAAAUGAUUUUAUGUGACUGUUUGAGAAACAUGUUUUAAUGUAAUUUAACUGUGAUUUAAAUUAAGUAGCGAUAUAGUAGCUACUGCUCUUACCUCACAGAAAAAAGGCCCUGGUUUGAGUAUCGGCUGGGACCUUUUUGGGUAGAAUUCUCCUCAGGUACCCUGAGUUACUCCCAAAGUCCACAAAUAUGGUUCAUAUGUGGAUUGGUGUCUUUAAAUUGUCCAUAUGUGUGUGUUUGUGGAUCUGAAAUGGAAGGAUUAACUGGCCAAAGUUCACCUGUUCCUGCUCAGAGUCGUAGAAGACAGGGAGGGAAUUAAAGACGAAUCCUUUUGAACAUUUUGCACAGCAUAUCUUUUUAAGAUUUAAUGUGUAAACCACCCUUGUGUGUGUGUGUAUAUAUAUAUAUAUAU